AUGGACGCGAGUCCAAAGGAGUCUCAGAUUCGUUCCCCAAAAGCUGACCGUAUAGUUCUUUUUAAUAGUAAAACAGAUUCUAAUGACAAUCAGAAUAGUGCUGAACCGGACAGAAAUACUGAAUUUGCUGUAGUUCAUUAUUCACGCGAACCAGAUUAUUGCCGAGACCUAAUCAGAGGAUCUAUGCGCCCUCAAAGGCGUAAAACAGUAACUUAUAAACUCUUUCAAGGAACUGCACACUCCCCUCUUUUUUUGGAGAUAAUGGGCGACUACGCGUUCUUGUUUGGUGAUCUUGUCUAUGAUAUCUCCCAAUAUUUGAAAGAAUAUUUCAGGAAACCGGGUACUGAUAAUUCGGAAUUUUUGGCGUUUGAGAAAACGAUAGAACAGAAAGAGAUAGAGGAAAACAAAGACGAGUCUGAAAUAAGACUUAGACAAAUCGAAGAAGCCUGGGAGAGCAUUCUCUAUGAAGAUUUGAGGGAUUGGAGAAAAGAAGUCCAUAUUUACUGCACCUAUCAGGGCGUUCCAGUAUCUCACACCGCGUUGCCAACAAACUGGUUCUGGGAGGGUAUUCAGAUAAGGAUCUUAUUCCCUUUUGUUCUGAAACCGUGGCACAAUAAGUUUUAUGGAAACAAAAACAUUACUGAUGUAGCCAAGUUAAAGUUAGAAAAGAAAGAAUACGGGAAGCAAGCAGAUCUCAAAUCAUAUCUCUCAAACUAUUAUAGGGACACUCGGUAUAGUAUAACUAGAUACAGGAAGGAUCUAAAUGGCGAACAAAAUUUCUUACUAGAUAAAUAUUUUGGUUUUUAUUUGCACUGUAAGACUCCCGUCCAAGAAACACUAAUGGAUAAUAUCAACUUAUAUUGUCUCCUGGUUAGAUUGAAAAAUCUAAAACAAUUUUUCAUAAUGUCUAUAAAAAAGGCAGACCUCGAUUUUGAAAUUACGGCGCGUCUGCAGAUGAAGGACACUUGUUAUACAGAAUGUAGGGACACAGAGGAAUUGAGGGACAACCUAAUGUUUUUUAUUGAACCUAUUCGUAUUUCUAGAAAAAACUAUGAACAAUUUUUUAUAUAUCAAACCAUAAGCAUAUCAUUGAGGCACAAACGUAAAAUUUUGAAAAGAAACUAUGAUUUACUUGUUCCUGAAAAUCUUUUGUCCACUAGACGCCGUAGAGAAUUGAGAAUUCUAAUUUGUUUGAACCCACAGAAUAGAAAUACUGUGCAUAGAAACACAAUAAAUGACACUGAGAAAAAACGAAAUAAUUCUUCUGAAGUUUUGACUCAAAAUGAAGAUAUUGAUAGCGAUACAAAAAAACUAAUGACUUUAAAAUUCUUUCUUUGGCCAAAUUAUCGAUUCGAAGAUUUAGCUUGUAUGAACCGCUAUUGGUUUGAUACACAUAAUGGAAGCCGUUUCAGUAUAUUAAGAAUACAUAUGUAUCCUCGAUUGAAAAUCUAG